AUGAACGCGGGACGAACUUACCUGCAAAUCUCCUUGUUCAAGCCCGGUGACGAGUCGCACGACCUGACCGAGUGGGCCAAGAAGUUCCUUGUGAACAGUGCAUUCGACGAAGAGACCUGGGACGUGAUUCUGCUCGGUCCUCUGAGCUAUUCGACCAAGUGGACAGUCCGCAACAAGCCCCACACUGGAAGAAUCACUCUUGUGCUGGACACGGGGGCGUAUUUGGGUCGCUGCCACGGAUGUGCCGGGGGGGCCACCCUUCCGGACCAAGCGUUUGCCGUGCCCCCCUCUGGGGUAAACUACCUCGUCGACCCCAACGUCCAGUGGACAUGUGAGGAAGCUGGGCCCGACAACCGAAUUGCGCUCAAGGGCGAUAUGGGCACGUACUUGAGUCGAUGCCACGGCUGUGUGCCCAUCAUUGGCGGGGUCCCAGACGCCAUGUUCAUGCAUGCGAGAGACUGGCGGAGCAAUGGGCCGGCCCAGUUCACUCUGCACCGCCUGCCUUCUACGCCGCAAAAGAUGCUGGCCGUCAAGGCUUCACAUGACAACUCUGUGGAGUCAGUAGACGAAGCGACUGUUGCUGGGACCGUGGUGGUCGUAGCCUGCUGUGUUGGGGUGGUGGUCGCCGCUAUGACGAUGCAUCGCCGUCGUCGCGUCCGCCGACAAGGGUUUGUUCGCGUGUAA